ACACGACCAAAUAAAUAAAUUAGCGCAAAGCCUUCUUGUCAUUUUACCGAACCCCAACCCUAACAACCCCUCUUUACCACCCGUACACUUCUUACAUCGUAUUCGUACAUCUUUCCCACGAUUAUCACAAGCAAACCCUAAUUAGAUUUCAUAAGCUGCCACUGUAAGGUCAAAUUCCCUAACUUUCCUGGAAUUCAGGAUUUUUUUGUGUUGCAGAGGGAAAUCUUGAUUGCUCGAAUGGUAGCAGCAGUUGUCGAUAUCGAAAGGAUGGAGAAGCAGCAGCGUGUCAGAAAACGGCCGAGAUUCGCGUGGGACGUAGGCCCCGCACAACCAGAGGAACGGGCUCCAGUGGUGGCUCGAAAUGAGGGGAUGGCGGCUAGGUAUGUGUCCCCGCCGAGAAGGGAGGAUGAUCGUGAAGGACAUUAUAUGUUUAAUCUCGGCGAGAAUUUGACUCCAAGAUAUAAAAUACUGAGCAAAAUGGGUGAAGGCACUUUUGGGCGAGUUUUGGAAUGUUGGGAUCGCCAAAGACGAGAGUAUGUGGCAAUCAAGGUAGUACGUAGCAUUCACAAGUAUCGUGAUGCAGCAAUGAUUGAAGUCGAUAUACUUCAGCGUGUGGCCAAGAAUGAAAAAGCCAGCUCACGAUGUGUUCAGAUUCGGAACUGGUUUGAUUACCGCAAUCACAUUUGUAUUGUAUUUGAGAAGCUUGGACCAAGUUUGUUUGAUUUUCUAAAGAGAAAUAAAUACAGCCCAUUCCCCGUGGAUCUUGUUCGGGAAUUUGGACGUCAGCUUUUGGAAUCUGUAGCAUAUAUGCAUGAUUUACGCUUAAUUCACACUGACCUGAAGCCAGAAAAUAUACUUCUUGUGUCAUCUGAAUAUAUAAAGCUUCCAGGCUCCAAGAGGAGUUCUUCAGAUGAAAUGCACUUCAGGUGCUUGCCAAAGUCAAGUUCCAUUAAGCUGAUUGAUUUUGGUAGUACUGCAUUUGAUAAUCAGAACCAUAGCUCCAUUGUUUCAACGAGACAUUACAGAGCCCCUGAGGUCAUUCUAGGUCUAGGUUGGUCUUAUCCAUGUGACUUGUGGAGCAUUGGUUGUAUACUAGUUGAGUUAUGCUCGGGCGAAGCUCUAUUCCAGACACAUGAGAACUUGGAACAUUUAGCUAUGAUGGAGAGGGUAUUGGGACCUCUGCCAGAGCACAUGAUUCUUAGGGCUAAUCGUGGAGCUGAGAAAUAUUUUCGGAGAGGAUCCAGGUUGAAUUGGCCUGAAGGAGCAGUUUCUAGGGAAAGUAUCAGAGCUGUGAAGAAGCUUGAUCGACUAAAGCUUAUGAUAUCUCAACACGUAGACAGCUCAAGAUCUUCACUCAUUGACCUGCUGCAUGGUUUGUUAAAAUAUGAUCCAUCCGAACGUCUAACAGCUUGGCAAGCUCUUAAUCAUCCGUUCUUCAAGUGUCCAACUUAAGCUACUGCACUUCGAAGCAAAUCUAUGUGCUGGUUUGACGUGAAUGGCUGGCUUUGACCAUGAGUUAUUGUAUCUCCUUGUACAUGUACAAUUCAAAUCAAUGGAAAUCCUUUUUUUCUUUCGA